CGGCCUGCGGGCGCAAAUAGCGGCAGCGCGCAUUCGGCCCCGUGCCGAGCAGUCCGCGCUCGAUCGCUCCCGAGCCGGUCCCGCUCACCCGCGCUCGACACCACCGCUUCCCGAUUCGUCCACUACUCCAUCGCGCGCGAACUCAGCCCAAAGUGAAACCAACACCUAUCCCAAUUCAAAGUUCAAGUGAAAGUUUUCUUGCUGUGCUCAUACCAUGCAAUUUCUUUACCAAUCCCGGUGCAACGGUGAUCAGACUCUCCUCUAGAAGCACGUGGAUCCAGGAUCGAUAGCAGAUAUUCCCCUCGACGACGUCCCUUUCUUCUCAAGGUCACAAGGGGAGGUAAACACUCCACUUUCAUUCAUAAUUUAUUUAGAAGCAAUCAAUUAUCCGCUAAAAGGAUGAGUGAGCUACGAGUUUAUUUUUAAACGAGAGCUUAGACUGAGAAAUUCGGAAAGGUGAAAGGAAUUUAUACAAUGCAGAUCUCAUGCCCAAGAAAUAAGAUUUAAUAAAGACAUUUCGUUACGUAUCUGCUUAAUUUGGAGUACAAGUGCAUGUAUGACAUCAAGUGACACAUUUCCAGGACAUCUACAUUCAGCACCUCACCGCUCUGCAAUAGAGCGCGACGAGCGUGCGUUGGAGUAGAUGAGGCGACGCCGGUCGUCGCCAUGAGCUAGCGGCAUGGGGGGCGAGGGGGCGGGCCGCGGCGCCGCGCGCUGGCACGUGGGCGACUCGCCCCCGCGCGCGCCCAUGGGCUUCGCGGCGCCGGCGCCCGCGCAGGAAGCGCUGCUCGACCGCGGGCUCGCGCCGCACCCCGCGGUCGCGCCCGUGGUUACCAACGCCUCUCUGCAGCGGGCGCACUCCAGAUCGAUGUCGUCGCUGCCGCCGGAGCCGUUCAUGAUGCUGCGCGCCAAGGCGCUGAGCAAGCGCGUCAUCAUCAACGUGGGCGGCGUGCGGCACGAGGUGCUGUGGCGCACGCUGGAGCGGCUGCCGCACACCCGGCUCGGCAGGCUGCGCGAUUGCAACACGCACGAGGCCAUCACUGAACUCUGCGACGACUACUCGCUCCAAGACAACGAGUAUUUCUUUGACAGGCACCCCAAAAGUUUCAGUUCAAUACUAAACUUCUACCGCACUGGCAAGUUGCAUUUAGUAGACGAAAUGUGCGUGUUAGCAUUUAGCGACGACCUGGAGUACUGGGGCGUGGAUGAGCUGUACCUGGAGUCGUGUUGCCAACACAAGUACCACCAGAGGAAGGAGCACGUCCAUGAGGAAAUGAGGAAGGAAGCCGAAAGUCUGCGGCAGCGCGAGGAAGAAGAGUUCGGACAAGGAACCUGCGCGCAGUACCAGAAGUGGCUCUGGGACUUACUCGAGAAGCCCACUACGAGUAUUGCGGCCAGGGUCAUCGCGGUCAUCUCGAUCCUCUUCAUAGUGCUGUCCACGAUAGGGCUCACUCUCAACACCAUCCCCUCGAUGCAAUGGUACGACGAAAAGGGCGCGCCCAUGGACAACCCGCAGCUGGCCAUGGUCGAGGCUGUAUGCAUCACCUGGUUCACGCUAGAGUAUGUGCUGCGAUUCAGUGCUUCGCCGGAUAAGUGGAAGUUUUUCAAGGGUGGACUCAACGUUAUAGACUUACUGGCGAUAUUGCCCUAUUUCGUAUCCCUUUUUCUGCUCGAAACGAAUAAGAACGCGACGGACCAGUUUCAAGACGUGCGUCGGGUCGUUCAGAUUUUCCGUAUAAUGCGAAUAUUGCGAAUUCUUAAACUCGCGCGGCAUUCGACCGGGCUGCAGUCGCUCGGCUUCACGCUCAGAAACUCUUAUAAAGAGCUCGGACUACUCAUGUUGUUCCUUGCGAUGGGAGUGCUCAUAUUUUCCUCACUGGCGUACUUCGCCGAGAAGGAAGAACCAGGGACAAAAUUCAUUUCCAUUCCGGAAACGUUCUGGUGGGCCGGCAUCACCAUGACCACAGUCGGAUACGGUGACAUUUACCCCACGACCCCGUUGGGCAAGGUCAUCGGCUCAGUUUGCUGUAUUUGCGGCGUGUUGGUAAUUGCGUUACCCAUCCCGAUUAUCGUCAACAAUUUCGCCGAGUUUUACAAGAAUCAGAUGCGGCGCGAAAAGGCUCUGAAGCGGCGAGAGGCAUUGGAGCGCGCCAAGCGCGAGGGCUCCAUCGUUUCCUUCCACCACAUUAAUCUGCGCGAUGCGUUCGCUAAGAGUAUGGAUCUCAUCGAUGUCAUCGUAGAUACAGGACACCAAAUGUCGCAGGCGGACGCGACUAGCUUGGAGGGCGAGGAGCCAGCAACCACGGGCUGCUACCGGCAGUACGAGCACGUCAUUUCUGGUAAACUGCAACAGAGUACCGACCCCAAUCAGUUUCAGAGCAGUCCUAAGAAAGAGCGCCGGUACUCCAACGAAGGGCCUGGCACGCCAGAAAAGCGCAUGCUUAUAAAUCCAGAUCCUACACCAGAAAGGAAGAUGGCUGAAAAACAGCUUGACUUGGAUCAGCUGCCUUCUGAGUUUGAAUGUUGUUUUUGCACGUUUAAGGGUUACAAGGAGUUCAUAGACGCGGAACAGUUGAUGCCGAUGUCGACCUCGGACCUACGACAGCCGGUGUGCGUGGAACUGGCCUGUCUGCAGCGGCACCCCGCCCCACGCGCCCUGCCCGAAGCCACGCCCAAUAGCCUCGACAGCCCUGAUACAUUUGCGUCAUGCCUUACGCACCCUUUUCCUUCAGAGGGCGACAUCGCAUGCGAGAACGACUCGUCAAACUUGUAUGUGAAUCCCCUGGACGGUAGCGGAGGCGGCGCGGGCGCGGGUGCCGGGGUACCGGCAGAGUUUAGCGGAGUGCGCAAGAGUGCUUCGGGGGAUGGGGGCGUGUUGUGUGCGAAAAGUUCGCAGGCCGAAGGUUCGCCACGGGGCUCGCGGUCCAGCUUGGCGGUGGGCAUGGCCGGGCCGGCGUCGGCGGCACGGCUCGACGCCUCGCGCACCAGCCUGCCGCAGCCGCUGGACGACGCGGCCAUCCCCGGCCUACCGCCGGACGACGCCAAACCCAAACACAGAAAAGCGCGAUUCCAACAGGACUGGUCGGAGGAGGAGAGGAGGCCACCGAGAGGGAUAGCUACGAGGAUAAUCAAUCAUCACAUCCUCUUUGGUAAGAACGGCAACAAGCGGGAGGACGCUCGCUCGCGCUCCAUCCUCAAGAACAAGGAGUCGCGCGGCACCGACAGCGAGCUGCUGCUGCAGGACACCACGUCUCUUGGCGCUAAUGGUGACUCGGGUAGCGAAUCAUCGCCAAUUCGACUGAAAGACUUCAGAGGACAAAACCACAGAGGUGGAGCACAAGAACGUGACAACCUCGUGUCGUAGGCAGCACGUCAGAAUGUCAUAUUGUAAAAUGACAAGUGAGAAUGCUGAUGGCCUCGCCCCGUCACUAGCUACACGAAUACUACAUAAGUACGUUUUACUUAGAGCGCAAUAACAUUAUAAAAAUAAUUUUAACAUAUCAUUGGGCGAUUGUGACUGCUUGUUGAUAUAGAUUUUCAUUUCGUAGGAAAUUAUAAAUAUUGUAAAAAAUAUAUUACUUAAUGUAAUAAUCGUUCAUUCCAAUCGAAAAGUUGAAGAUACCUAUUUGUUAAGUUUUUUUACGUGCAAUUAUUAAUUGCUAAUUCUAAUUUAAGCGAUAUAGUUUGUACAGCAUAGUUGAUGAAAAAAGCAAUUAUUAAAAUUAAAAGAUUUCUGAAACUGUUA